AUCACUUUGGGUCACUGCUCUUUCAAUUCAUUAUAAAUAUUGUUGCCAGGCAACUGCAAAUACAACAAGAAUUGAAGAACAUAAUGGAUCAGAACUCAAAGAAGUUGCUGUUAUCAGCCACCCCCGCCGGAAGCUCUAACAAGAUCAGAGAUAUCGUCAGGCUCCGACAGCUCCUCAAGAAAUGGAAGAAGCUCGCCGCCACCAACAGCGCCGCCGCCAACGCCACCGCCGAUACCGCCACCACCAAAACCGGCACCGGCAAGAGCAUCAACAAGUUCCUGAAGAAAACCCUGUCCUUCAGCGACGUCUCGGCGGCCGGCGGCGGCGGCGACGCGGCGGUCCCGAAGGGGUGCCUGGCGGUGCAGUGCGUGGAGAAGUCCGGCGAGGUGAAGCGGUUCGUAAUCCCGACGGAGUAUCUCGCACACGACCUGUUCGGCGUAUUGCUCAGGGAAGCAGAAGAAGAGUUCGGGUUCCAGACAGAAGGGAUCCUCAAGAUCCCCUGCGAAUUCGCCGUUUUCGAGAAAAUCCUCAAGGCGGUGCAACAACAAGACGGCAAGAGGCCUCCGGCGCCGCCGCAACAACAACCCAUCUUUCAGCUUCACGAUUUGGGCGAGUUAGCAAACACCACCUGCUAUUCCCCUGACGCCCAUGCCCAUCAUCCGGCCGCCGGAAUUCCUCCCCAAACUCAAAUGUGCAGAUAAUUAAUCAAUUCAAAAGCUGCACCAUUUUUACUUUCAAGUUAAAAAAAGUUUUUAUUUUUAUUUUUGUUUUCCUUUCUCUGAAUGCACACAGAUCAGAUCAGAGCAACAUAACAUAUAGUAGUACAUGGUGUUACAUAGUAGCUAGCUAGCUACCUGUUGCUACUAUACUACUUGGAAUUGUAUAACUAUAAACCUUCCUCAAACUAUAUAAACAAUAUUUUGCAUUACUAUA